AUGGAAAGAUGGUGGUUCGAUUCAAUACUGUUUAAGAAAGGGUUCGAACACAGGUGUGGUCUAAGUAAAUCAAUGGGCGGUCUUGGUCCUAUUGAAAAUACCAGUGAAAGUGAAGAUCCGAAUAGAAAUGAUAUGAAAAAAAAUAGCCAUAGUUGGGGCAGUCGUGACAAUUCUAGUUACAGCAAUGUUGAUUAUUUAUUCGGCGUCAAGGACAUUUGGAAUUUCAUCUCUGAUGAAACUUUUUUAGUUGUGGAUAGGAAUGGGAACAGUUAUUCCAUAUAUUUGGAUAUUGAAAAGCAUAUUUUCGAGAUUGAUAGUGGUCAUUUUUUUCAGAGUGGACUAGAAAGUUCUUUUUAUAGUUAUUGGAAUUUGAGUUAUCUAAAUAAUGGAUCUAAGACUGACGAUCCUCACGAUGAUCAUUACAUGGAUGAUACUCAAUAUAGUUGGAAUAAUCACAUUAAUAGUUAUAUUGACAUUUAUCUUGAGUCUCAAAUCUUUAUUGAUACUUACAUUGUAAGUGGUAGUGACAAUUACAGUAACAGUUACAUUUCUCGUUCCGUUUGUGGUGAAAGUGAAAGUAAGGGGUCCAAUAUAAGUACCAGCACGAAUGGUAGCACUAUAAUAGAAAGUUCCAAUGAUCUGGAUAUAACUCAAAAAUACAGACAUUUAUGGGUUCAAUGUGAAAAUUGUUAUGGAUUAAAUUAUAAGAAAAUUUUAAAAUCAAAAAUGAAUCUUUGUGAACAAUGUGGAUAUCAUUUGAAAAUGAGUAGUUCAGAUAGAAUCGAACUUUCGAUCGAUCCGGAUACUUGGGAUGCUAUGGAUGAAGACAUGGUUUCUUUGGAUCCCAUUGAAUUUCAUUCGGAAGAGGAGCCUUAUAAAGAUCGUAUCGAUUCUUAUCAACGAAAGACAGGAUUAACGGAAGCCGUUCAAACAGGCAUAGGCCAAUUAAAUGGUAUUCCCAUAGCACUUGGGGUUAUGGAUUUUCAGUUUAUGGGGGGUAGUAUGGGAUCCGUGGUUGGAGAGAAAAUAACCCGUUUGAUUGAGUACGCUACUAACCAAUUGCUCCCUCUUAUUAUAGUAUGUGCUUCUGGGGGGGCGCGUAUGCAAGAGGGAAGUUUGAGUUUAAUGCAAAUGGCUAAAAUAUCUUCUGCUUUAUAUGAUUAUCAAUCAAAUAAAAAGUUAUUCUAUGUACCAAUUCUUACAUCUCCUACUACAGGGGGGGUGACUGCUAGUUUUGGUAUGUUGGGAGAUAUCAUUAUUGCCGAACCCAACGCCUAUAUUGCAUUUGCGGGUAAAAGAGUAAUUGAACAAACAUUGAAUAAAACAGUACCUGAAGGUUCACAGGCGGCUGAAUAUUUAUUCCAGAAGGGCUUAUUCGAUCUAAUCGUACCACGUAAUCUUUUAAAAAGCGUUCUGAGUGAGUUAUUUCAGCUCCACGCUUUCUUUCCUUUGAAUAAAAAUUCAAUAGAGCAUUAAGCUCCUUUUUAUUUGUAGCAAACAAGUAAUUUGUUUAUCAGAAUCCAAGUAAAACGAAUAUGAAUGGGGUUUCUUUGUUGACAUAAGAUCUAAAUUGUAAAAAGAAUCAAAAGCAAAAGUCGCGGAUAACUCUUUUUUAUCUAUAUUCUUGAUUACUAAUUAAGUUAAGAGGCCUCUACCAACAAGAAAAAAGUGAAUUAUUUUUUUCGUCAAACGCCAAAUUAUAGGAAAAUCCAAAUUUUUGUUCUACGUCUUACGUAUGUAUAUAGAAUCCAAAUUUUGUACCUUCUAUACUCACUUAGAUAUAUACUUAGAUUUAUACUAAUAAAACUUUGAAUUCGAAUAUAUUAUUAAUUAUAAUUAUUGAGUUGAAUUCUGAAUAAGAUAAGAUAUCUUUAUAAAUAAUAACAGGUACAAAUAGUAAAUUGAGGUAUCCUUUAUAUGACAACUUUCGACUUUCCCUCUGUUUUGGUGCCUUUAGUGGGCUUAAUAUUUCCGGCAAUGGCAAUGGCUUCUUUAUUUCUUCAUGUUCAAAAUAAUAAGACUGUUUAGAUCUGAUGGGCCCAACUCUCAUCCAUUUUUUUUUCAAAA